GGCACUUCCGGUGCCCACGCGCCGCCGCCGCGCAGCUACGGGGCCGUCACUUUGUGUAGCGCGGGGCGCGCAGGCCCUGCCUGGCCCCGGCGUCCUGCAGCGGCUUGGGCAGCCGCGUGUGGCCGAGCUGAGGCUUCCGUCUGGAGAAGAUGGCAGCCCUUCACACGGCUCCAGACUCUCCGGCCGCCCAGCUGGAGAGGGCAGAGGACAGCUCGGAAUGUGAUCCUGACCAGGAGGAAGAGGCGGAAGAGAUAGAGGAGGAGGAGGAGAUGUUAGGGGAAGGCGAGGAAGACGAGCCGGAUGCAGACGGGGUGCAGGCAGGGCAGGUGGAGGUGGAGUUGCAGGAGGAAGUGGAGGUGGUGCUGGCGGACGCACAGAGUCCAGAGUUGGGGACCCAGGAGCACCUUCACCGUGGUGGUGAUGCCAAGUCCCCGGUUCUUCAGGAAAAGGCCCUGCAGGCCCCCCAGGUUCCAGCCAUGCCUAGGGAGGAGGACCUGGAAGACGAGGACGCCGAGGAGGAGGAGGAUGACGAGGAGGAAGAUUUCCUGACAGCUGGGUCUCAGGGGCUGGUGACCUUUGAAGAUGUGGCUGUGUACUUCUCCCUGGAGGAGUGGGAAAGGCUGGACCCAGACCAGAGGAACCUCUACAAGGAAGUCAUGCAGGAGAACUACGGGAUCCUGGUGUCCUUGGGAUACCCAAUCCCCAAGCCCGAUCUGAUCUUCCGGCUGGAACAAGGAGAGGAACCUUGGGUCCCAGAUAUCCCCCGUCCUGAGGAGGGAGACAUUGUCACUGGCGUCUACACAGGAGCCUGGUUCUGGACCGAAGACAUAGAGGACCAGGAGGAGGAAGACGACGAGGACUUCCUGGCAGAGGUGGCCGAGGAAGAAAACGAGCCUCCCGGGCUGUGGUCAGCAGCCUACGGCGUGGGGGAUGUGCCUGGGACAUGGGGCCCUGAUGACUCGGAUUCUGCACAGACUCCGGAGGGUUGGGGGCCUGACCCGGCCGGCCUUGAGGCCCUGGCUGAGGGGUCAGAGAUGAAGCCUUUCCUGCCGGUCCGGGAGCCAGGCGCGAACCUGCUUGCGCCCUGGGCGUUUCCAGCUGAGGUGGCUGCCCCUGCCGGGAGGCCCGAAACCACAUGUGAUGUGUGCGGCAAAGUGUUUCCGCACCGGUCCCGGCUGGCCAAGCACCAGCGCUACCACGCGGCCGUCAAGCCCUUUGGCUGUGACGAGUGCGGCAAGGGCUUCGUGUACCGCUCGCAUCUAGCCAUCCACCAGCGCACGCACACUGGCGAGAAGCCCUUCCCUUGCCCAGACUGUGGCAAGCGCUUCGUCUACAAGUCACACCUGGUCACGCACCGGCGCAUCCACACUGGCGAGAGGCCCUACCGCUGCGCCUUCUGCGGCGCGGGCUUCGGCCGCCGCUCCUACCUGGUCACGCAUCAGCGCACGCACACCGGUGAGCGGCCCUACCCGUGCCCACACUGCGGCCGCAGUUUCAGCCAGAGUUCGGCACUCGCGCGACACCAGGCAGUGCACACAGCCGACAGGCCGCACUGCUGCCCAGACUGCGGCCAGGCCUUCCGCCUCCGUGCUGACUUCCAGCGCCACCGGCGAGGUGGCGGCUGCGCGGAGCCUGGCAGCGACGGCCCUCUGCGGGAGCCCUGCGAGACAGUGCCCGCAGCGGGGCCCGAGGAGGCCGAGGCCGAGGCCGACCCCGGGCCUGAGGGGCCUGAGACCGGCGAAGCGGGCAGAGAAGGCGAGGCCGAGGCGGGAGAAGAGGUUUCGGCAGCAGCGGAGGCGCCCACCCCCAGGAGCAAGGAGGACCCUGAACCGGAUAGGCGGUUCCUCGAGCUGGGCAACGGCCUGGAGGAGGGCGAAGGUCCUUCCUCGCACCCGUUGGGCUUCCACUUUCCUGUGCAUCCCAAGUCUUGGCUCCACCCGGACGGCUUCCCGAUCCUGGGCCUCCCGGACUUCGCGGAGCGGCUGCCGGCUGACAGGCGCCCCCUCUCUGGACCUCUGGGGGGCCGGCUAUCCCUGGUGGAGGGCGCAGGGCUGGCCUGCGACCCUUUUGGCGGCACAAGCGGGCCCGGGGGCGUUGGCGGCGGGCUGCACGCCUUUGGGCCUGCUGUUGGGGGGCUGCUGGCUGAGCCCGCGCCUGCCGCGCUGGCUGAGGAGGAGAGUCCGUGGAUCUGCUCUGACUGCGGCAAGACGUUCGGACGCCGCGCGGCACUGGCCAAGCACCAGCGCUACCAUGCGGGUGAGCGGCCGCACCGCUGUGCCGACUGUGGCAAGAGCUUCGUGUACGGUUCACACUUGGCGCGCCACCGGCGCACGCACACGGGCGAGCGGCCCUUCCCUUGCCCCGAGUGCGGCGCGCGGUUUGCCCGCGGCUCGCAUCUGGCGGCGCACGUGCGUGGCCACACCGGCGAGAAGCCCUUCGUGUGCGGCGUGUGCGGCGCGGGCUUCAGCAGGCGCGCGCACCUAACGGCGCACGGGCGCGCGCACACGGGCGAGCGGCCCUACGCGUGCGGCGAGUGCGGCCGCCGCUUCGGGCAGAGCGCAGCGCUGACGCGGCACCAGUGGGCGCACGCCGAGGAGAAGCCGCACCGCUGCCCCGACUGCGGCAAGGGCUUCGGCCACAGCUCGGACUUCAAGCGGCACCGGCGCACGCACACUGGCGAGAAGCCCUUCCGCUGCUCUGACUGCGGCCGCGGCUUCGCACAGCGCUCCAACCUGGCCAAGCACCGGCGCGGCCACACGGGCGAACGGCCCUUCCCGUGCCCCGAGUGCGGCAAGCGCUUCUCGCAGCGCUCGGUGCUCGUCACGCAUCAGCGCACGCACACGGGCGAGCGGCCCUACGCCUGCGCCAACUGUGGCCGCCGCUUCUCGCAGAGCUCGCACCUGCUCACCCACAUGAAGACGCACCGCAGCGCGGCCGGCGCGCCCGGCCCCGCGCCCGGCCCCCCCGCGCCCAAGGCGGAGGCUCCCGCCAAGGUGCCGCCUGGUGCGAGUGCGGGCACGGGUGUGGGGGAUCGCGGCAGCACUCUGCUGGAGUUUGCGGGUGGAACCAGCUUUGGCUCCGAGCACACGGCCGCGUUCGCGGGGCCCUCGGGCGCCUACGAGGAGAGCGUCCUGUGAGGGCCCGAGGCCGACCGAGGCGCAGCCCGCCAGGCCACCGCCUCCUCCACGGGGUGGCUAGGGCGCCGGCCGCUGCGCGCCGGCCCUUUGCUCCUAAGGCCUUGCGGGGCUGAGGGUUCCAGUCCUGGUGCGGUGCCUUCCCUCAACCCCCGGCCGCGAGCCUCCCUCCCACCCAGCUCCUACAGCUACGCAGGGGUCACGGGGAGAAAAGAGCCGAGCGAAGGAGGCGAGGGCCGGAGCGGUCACCCCGACAGAGACUGCAGCAUCCCUGGGUCGGUGCUCUGAAGCCAAGUGGUAGGGAUGGCGAGCGAUGUUAUUUAUUUUACUUGGAUUCUGACUUGGGUGGCCCGCGGGACAGGUGGCCGAUGAAUACGUAACAGGGAUUUACAGUGAGAGGGAAGCCCUUGUGUCAAGGGGAGGGUGGGUGGUGGAGGGCGGAGCCUCGGCUGCGCCGGCGGGUUUGCUGACGACGUUCUCCGUCCCUCAGUGGAAGACUGAGGGACCUUCUGGUCAUUUGAGUGUGUCCGGAGCGUUUUAAGGCCUGUGCGUGUGGGGAAGCCUUGUGGGUUUCCAAAGGACGAUGUUCCUCCCUAACCGAGGGGAUGGAGAUGCUACUGGGAAAGCUUUGAUUCCGACUCGACUGUGGGUAUUUAUUUCCAUUUCUUGUAUGGCGUGAGAAUCGGGGAGGAGGAGCAAAUGCCAGAAACCAAAUCUGUGGCCUAGGGCUGGUGGGUUGCAGGUGUUCGCCUGCCCAGAGGGAAUUUGAAGCCUUAUUCUCCGGAGUCACCCACUCCCGUCACUCCACUUGAGCACCGAGAUGGGCCAGGCGCUCAACACGCUGAGCGGUUUUAGUCUCAGCCUCCCCUUUGACUCCUUUGGUACUUACCUCCCGCAUGGGAGGUGGCACACUCAGAGAUCCUCAGGGGCCCUGGGCCCCAGCCUUCAACCCCCUGGGCUGCCUGCCGCCUCUCCUGGAGCAGGUGGACACAUGGGACCCUGCUCUUCUGAGCCCAACGCUCAUUUAGAUUUAAUAACCAAAUGUAAAGUGACUGAGGUUGGUGGCAGGAUCACUUCUCACAUCCCAUAAUCAGGGCCCUAUGACAUCUGCAGGUCCUUUUAACUCUGCUUCUGUCACUUUUCUACACUAGAAGCAGGCAGUGUUUCUGUUUAGAGUCCCAUGUCACAGAGUGGGCAGUCUGCACAGUGGCGGUCCCCUUCUGGGGGUGUGGACCUGAACCCAUGGCUCAAUGACAAACUGAGCACCCAACUAUGCAAGGCCUGCACCUGGCCGGCACCCCACCCUCCAGGCUGGCCCAUUGGUAACCGCUGGGCAGGCAGCUGAGGCAUGGCUUCUGUGAGACCCCCUCCUCCCUCAAUGCCUCUGUGGUCAGUGUGAAUGGGGCCAGAAAACAGAUUCCGAAGCAACUGCAUUCCCUUUUAGACCUAGUUCCUUCUGUUUUAGUGUAGACAUGGCCUUGCGGCCUGAGAGCCAGCAGCCAGGCUGCUAGGGGCUGGGGUAGGAGGCACAGUAGUUGGUGGGUGGGAAGAGGGCCUGGAUGGUGGUGGUAAGAAUUAGCCUGGCUGGGUGAGGGGGUGGGCUGGGGUGGUGAAGAGUGCUGGGGUCCUGGCCCCGGUCUCCUAUCCCCGUGGGACAGGAGCCUCAGAAAGGGCCAAGGGCAAGGUGGGCUGGCCCCCCAUGGCCGGGGUCUGGCUCUGUGCUGUCACUCCUGGCACACCCCUGGAGUGCAUACCUUUGGCUCCCCUCCUGGGUCCAGCUGCUUCUGCCCUGCCCCAUCUGUUGGCAGGAGGACCUAGCUUUAAUAAAAAAGACUGGAGAAAUGA